UACGAUAUUGCAAUUGCGUUAGUCCGUAAACCAAAACUCACUGCUAAAUAUUUUAAACGGCGAUCAAGACUCAUAUUUACAUUACUAAAGUUUUUAUGUUUCCAGCACAUUUAUUAAGGAUCGUACUGUAAGUGCGGAAGCUGAAAGAAAACGAGAAGGUGACACGGGGCAGAGAGGGUAUACGGUUAUAAGGUUUCACCUUUGCUAACUGAUAGCUUCAACACCACCUGCGAUCUUCGUAAAUAGCUUCUAAAGGGAAACUUUUAAAAGCGAAACGCCGUUUGCUGGGGAGCGCUGGGAUGAAGCUCCAUGAAAAGAUCCUGACCCACUACAUGUACUGCAGCUCACCUGUCGAUAAAGAGGGAUACCUCUGUAAGAAGGGUGAGAGGAACACUUCUUACCAGAAGCGCUGGUUUGUGCUGAAGGGGAACCUCCUUUUCUACAAAGAGCGGCAUGGAGAGAGAGAACCAUUGGGGGUGAUUGUGCUGGAGGGCUGCUCUGUGCAGCUGUGCGAGUCUGAGGAGCAGCAUGCCUUCUCGCUUGUCUUCAGCGGAGUCGGUCAUAGGACCUAUAAGUUUGCCGCUGAGGACCAGAAGAGCCAGGAGAGCUGGAUAAAAGCUCUGCUCUCUGCCAACCACGAGUACCUGUCCCUGCUGGUGAAGGACCUGGAGAAGCAGUAUGACGAGGUUAAACGAGCUGCCUACCCUGGCAACUCUUACUCACACUCUACAGUGAUUGUCUCAGAUGCAGAGCAGCUGAGCUUAUCCCUGGCUUCCCUGAACUCCGGUUCCUCCGCCUGCUCCGUGUUGCCAGUGGUGAGAGAGGGUCGCUACCACAGUACAAACUCACUCCUACAAGCACAUCCAGCUUCGAGCAAACAGCCCAAUAAGAAAUCACCAAAGCUCUGGCCCAAGAGAAACGCUCAUGUCACACCUAUAAAUGGACCAGCGCCCCUUGGAGAAUGGCCCUUGUUGGGAUCGGGACAAUUGGAGCAAUUCUCUGAAUUGCAUGAGCACUAUGGGAAGGAAGUUAAAGAGCUACGAGCUGAUUGGCUGAGGAGAAAGGAAGAAGCACUUAUGCUGGAAAGAGAUCUAAUUGAUUUUGGUUAAAUGCAUACAGAUUUACUGCUUUUAAGAACAAGAAAAAAUAUGCUAUGGAUUGCUUUCCUACUCAUACUGAAUUUGAAAACAAGGCUAAAUUAUAUAAAUUAUACAGGUAUUUUUCAUGUGAUUUUCAUGUAUUUUUCAUGCAGUACAUGCACCUGUAAAGCAGACCCAUUAAGUGGCGAGAGACCAUGGCUGUUUGACUGCAAUGAAUUUGCAGUCUUAAUAAGCUACGUAAACUCAUGACUGUGCUGUGUGUAGCUGUGAACCUGCGUUUGUCAAUCAUUUGUAUUUAUAGAAGUCUGGAUAAAUGUUGCCGUCACUAUUUUAUAUAGAUGUAAAGUAUAACGGGAAUGGCAGAAAUCUCAUUAUUGUAGGGUUGCUUGACCCAUUUCUGUGGGUUUUGCUGGUGGGGCCGUCAGCUAUGGAAGUAGAAAUGUGCUUUUGUUCGCUGUUACUAGCACAUGAUUUCUUAAGCUUUGGUGGCAGAAUGUUUCUAUUUUUUCUCACUGUGCAGUAAGGCAGUAGGUCUAAGCAGCUGUACUAGUGUAGUGCAGAAUGUAGUGAGCGCUGAAUGUCAUGAGUGCUUAAUACACACCUGACGGAGGCUGGGGGAUAGGCUGAUGAGGCCUAAUGGAUAGUACUGCACCAGGAACCAUCACAUACGACAAUGGUGAAUAAACAAAAACAUGCCAGUAUGACAA